AGACCUGGAAACAUGCGUUGAGGGAAAACAUGGAGACACGUUCUGCCAUCAGACUUGUGGGUGUUUUGAUUGUUCUAUAGAUCAGAUGAUGUUGCAUCAUUGCAGAGUCGGCAGAUAAAAAAGAUAGUUAGGAGAUGAAGACGCCUUGUUUGAGGGGAUCUUCCAAACCAUUUUGAACUAUUUUGUACCGAACCGGCUCAAAUUUGGUUGAACAUCUGCACAGCGUGAAAGUCUUCACAUUCGUUUCUGUUGUUGUUCAAUCCGUAUAGUGAUAGUCCAUAUGACUCGCUAGUAAUAUCUACACAACAUGAAGUUUUCACAUUACUUGCUGUUCUUGUUCCAUCCAGUCGGUGUGGUGUAGGAUUGUUACAAAAACAGAUGCCCAUCAUGAUGUUUGUUCGUGUGAGAGACUGAUGUGGUUUGGAUCUUCAGCUUCCGGCAGGAAAAUAUGAGCGAGAUUUUUCAUGAUUCUUUCAGAAGAAAUGCGUCAGCACCCACUUUCCACCAUGGUGUUGACAUCUGCACCGAGUGCAAAGCGGAGAUCCAUGCAUCGGAGGGACAGCAGGUGGUCUUCGGGAAUGACCUCAAGUUCUGCUCGGAGGGAUGCCGAUGCGUUUACUUUUCAGGAGAGCACUCGAACGCGAACGGGGUGAUUGAAGACGACGAGGACAUGGCCCUGAUAGGCAAAGGAGGAUUUGAGAACCCUUGCCUCCACUGUGACGCCUACUGCCCUCACUUCGCCUCCAUGAGCGUUGGGUUGGUGAAGAACAAGUGGGGAUUCAACAGAGUCUUUCAGACUGUUCACUGCUUGCAGCACAAGGGAGGAGACAGAUGUUUGUGUCCCCUCAAGUGCCGUGAGUUCGAUGAAGAGCUGGAGCCUCUGAAGAGGAGCGUGUCGAUGCUGCCAGUGAUGCGUCUGGCCAAGGAGGAGGACAUGUAA